AUGAGUGAGCGACAAAUAUUUGCAAACCUGCUGCGGAGCUGUUCGAAGAAUUUGUUAUUUGAACAAGGAUUGCAAGCUCACGGGGCUGUUGUGAAAACGGGACUUGGCUUUGACUUGAUGCUGAACAAUGAUCUUGUUGAUAUGUAUGGAAAAUGCGGGAGGAUGGAACUGGCUUGUGCUGUGUUUGAUAGAAUGAUUGAAAGAAAUGUGGUUUCAUGGACAGCUCUUAUGUGUGGUUACUUACAAAAUGGUAAUGCCAACGGGUCGUUAUCACUUUUUCGGAAAAUGGGUUCUUCGGGUAUUAAGCCAAACGAGUUCACAUUUUCAACCAACCUGAAAGCAUCAGGGAUUUUGGGAACUCCAGAGAAUGGAAUGCAGAUCCAUAGCUUUUCCGCUAAAACUGGGUUCGAAUGGGUGCCUGCGGUGGCCAAUUCUAUCAUUGACAUGUACUCGAAAUGUGGAAGAAUUAGUGAGGCUGCACGAAUGUUCAAUGCUAUGCCCGUUAGGAAUCUUAUCAGUUGGAAUGCGAUGAUAGCUGGAUACACACUUGAGGGAAAUGGGGACAGAGCUCUACUUCUGUUUCGGAAAAUGCAAGAACAGGGGGAAAUCCCUGAUGAAUUCACGUAUACAAGCACGUUAAAGGCCUGUAGUGGCCUCGGAGCCAUGCAGGAAGGAACCCAAAUUCACGCUUCCUUGAUUACAAGAGGAUUCCCCUAUUCGGUUCAGAUAGCCAGUGCAGGUGCUCUAAUUGAUAUGUAUGUCAAAUGCGGGCACUUGAUUAAAGCUCGGAGAGUAUUUGAUCAAAUUGAUGCAAAGAACGUGAUAUCUUGGAGUGCUCUAAUUCUCGGUUAUGCUCAAGAAGGCAAUUUGGUAGAAGCCAUGGACUUGUUUAGGCAGCUCAGGGAGAGUACAUAUCAAGUAGAUGGAUUUGUUCUCUCAGGCCUAAUGGGUGUCUUUGCUGAUUUUGCUCAUGUGGAGCAAGGUAAGCAAAUGCAUGCCUACACCAUCAAAGUCCCAUCUGGUCUAGACAUAUCAGUGGCCAAUUCAAUGGUGGAUAUGUAUCUCAAGUGCGGGUUAACAAAUGAGGCAGAAAGACUAUUUGGUGAAAUCCCAGUGAGAAAUGUUGUGUCUUGGACAGUUAUGAUCACUGGUUAUGGAAAGCAUGGUUUGGGAAAAGAAGCAAUCAAUCUUUACAAUAGAAUGCUGGCAGAAAAUAUCGAGCCUGAUGGUGUGACUUAUUUGGCAGUGCUCUCAGCGUGCAGCCAUGCGGGACUCAUCAAAGAAAGUCAAGAAUACUUCUCAAGAUUGUGUAGUGACCGAUGGAUUAAACCAAGAGUAGAGCACUAUGCUUGCAUGGUUGAUCUCCUUGGCCGAGCUGGGCGCUUAAAAGAAGCUAAGAAUCUUAUCGAGAACAUGCCUCUAAAACCAAACGUAGGGAUCUGGCAGACUCUGACUAGUGCUUGUAGAGUACACGGAGACCUAGAAAUGGGGAUGGAAGUAGGAGAGAUACUUCUAAGAUUAGAUGGUGACAAUCCGGUCAACUAUGUGAUGAUGUCUAAUAUCUUUGCUGAGGCAGGCCAUUGGAAAGACUGUGAGAGAAUAAGAGAAACGGUGAAGAGGAAGGGGUUAAAGAAAGAGGCAGGGCGUAGUUGGGUGGAGAUUGACAAGGAGAUCCACUUUUUCUAUAAUGGAGAGGACAAUCACCCGUUAACAAAGAGAAUUCAUGAGGUCUUGAAGGAAAUGGAAAAGAGGAUCAAAGAAAAGGUGGGCUAUAAUCAUGGGGUGAGGUUUGCGCUGCACGAUGUGGAAGAGGAGUCAAAGGAGGAGAGCUUGAGAGUUCAUAGUGAGAAGUUGGCAAUUGGUUUGGCAUUGGUUUGUGGUGGGUUGGAUAAUGAAGAAAAGAAGGUGAUUAGGAUUUUCAAGAACUUGAGGGUUUGUGGGGAUUGUCAUGCCUUCAUCAAAGGUUUGUCAAAAGUUUUGAAGGUGGUAUUCGUGGUGAGGGAUGCAAAUAGAUUUCACAAGUUUGAGGGGGGCUUCUGUUCCUGUGGAGAUUAUUGGUGAUUACAGACGUCUUUAUACAGUGGCCUGUUUUGUUUUUAAAGAAAUAUAUUGUGUUCCUUCACGAACGCGAAUUCGUCUUGCUCAACAUUUAGAAAAUCAAGAAUGGGAUAUUCCUAGAA